AUGCAGCAGCUGAAGGACUGGCUCGCGGACAAGAACAAGGCCAAUCCAUAUAUGAUCGCUGGGGGAAAGAAUGCUGGUCCUUCCGAAGCCCAGGUCGCUGCAGAACUAAAGCGAGCAGAGGUGAACGAGGCGCGGGAAGGACGGGGCGACUUUCUGGAUGGCGCGACGACUGCGACGGCCUUCGUGAAGGCCUUGCUCCACUUGGAGGAUAUGAAACGACGCAUCAAGAAUGAAAUACGAGGGUCAACAACGCUCAGCGCUGAGCGCUCGGUACAAAUCGAAGAACUCCGAGUGUCAUUCUUCAAGAAACUGAAGAUGAUACAAAAACAACAAGAUGUCUUCAUGCCUGGUGUCGAGACACUGAGGGUGGCAGAGGAAGCUUGUCGCGAUUCCGAUCGUCCGCCUACGAAAGCCGAGGACGUCAAACUCUGGCUACCGUCCGAUUUAACGGAAGCGCAACGAGGGAGGGCGAGUCGAGCAGCACUCUCAACGGUGGAAGCCAAGCUUCGAGAGGCUCAGUGUGGCGAUGCACUCUCGCAGAUCCGCAGCCUACUCUACACGAAGACGCACUUGAUUCAUCAUCGUAAUGCGAACGCGGUCGGGCAACGGGCCUCCACAAGAUCAAGCACGCUAAUAUCACGAGUAACGGACCAGAUAAGGAGGGAGGCAUUCAAGUAUCGACAGGCCCGAGCUGCUUUAACGCGACUGAUGGGGCCUCAACAUCGACCAGACCUGGCAACACUUGAGGAUAGCGACCUCAACGUUCGCGCCGAAGAAGAGAGUGAUGCGGGGGCAAGACUUCGGCUGGGACGGCGCGCAUGGCAGCAGAGGGUUGAGUGUGGGCGAGAGGUGGUACCAGAGAUCGCGGCAGGUUUGAAAGCAUAUGCGAAAGCGCCAGGUGGCGGUACACAGGUGGAUAGCCGAGCGCUUUGUGGCGGAGUGGACUAA